UGCAAUGGGCGAAAAAAAACGACUACAACAUACUACACAAAAAGAAGAAAAACGGACACAAAAUAAAGCUCAUGUGCUACACAAAAGGACAAAGUAACGUCUGCUUUAGUUUGUUUCAGAUGAUUUUUCUUCAGCUUGGGUGCUCACUUCUUGUGAUGUCCUCACGUUUGUUUGCUGCUUUGCUCCAUGUUUCAUUUAAUGCAAUUGACCAUCAUAAAAAUCCUUUAUUUAAAAAAAAAAGAAUAAAAUUGCAUCAGAACUUUGUUUUAGAAAAUAAUAAUUGACCAUUACAUAAAAAAAAAGUCUGUUUAAAAAUGAAUAAAAUUACAUAAGAACUUCGUUUAAAAAAUAAUAAUAAUUUUUUACAAAAAAAAAAAAAAACGGACACAAUAAAAAAAUCUCAACAAAAAAGACAAAGUAACGCCUGCUUUUGUUUGUUUCAGAUUAUUUCUCUUCAGCUUUGACACUCGCUUCUUGUGAUGCCCUCGCUUUUACUUAUUUGCUAUUUUACUUCCUAUUUCAUUUAAUGCAAUUCAAUGGAUAUUUAUCAGGUAUAAUUAGAGUUGGUAUUCACAGAAAACCAAGUUCACAAUGCGCGCUCUCUCUCCAGUCUCCACGACUCUAUAAAUAGCCGGCUCGAGUAAAAGACCAAAAGAGCACCAAAACACAAACUAACAGUUUUAGCAAACCCAAAAGAGCCCUAUUCCUUUUUUCAGAAGUUUUCUACAGUACAACAUUUUCGAUCCCCAUCUCCCCAUCGCCAUGGCCCAAAAGAUGAAGCCACAAGCACCUUACUACACUUGCUUUCUUCUCCUAUCCAUCAUCAUCAUCCUCUCCGGCCACCAGAUUCACUCCAUUGAAGCAGCCAGGGGAUUCAAACUUAACCAAGAAAACACCAAUUCUGAUGAAGGCUCUGCCACUUUUGUAGCCGUGGUGGCUCCACGCCGCGUCGUCGCCGAUGCUUUCAGGCCCACUUCUCCAGGGCACAGCCCCGGCAUUGGGCAUCACGCAUAACUAAGCCGCAUGCAAGAACGAAUAAAUUACAUGCAGCGGACGUAGCUAGCUUAUGUAUAAAAUCUCGUUGAUAUGGUGUUGUUUACAUCAAAAUAAAAAUUUCUCGAUUAAAAUUUUUAUGUGGGUCUACUUUGGAUCGAUGGUUGCACCGGUUUAUAUAGAUAGGGCUCGUAGAUAGCAGAUUGUCUGAGUGGGUCGUAUUUUAGUGGGGUAAUAGUUGGGCGCGAGGUGACCAUCUAGUACUUGGUCACCAUCUGUCCGUCGUCUCAUGGAUACUAUCAAACUCCGUAGUGGAAGGUAGUAACGUCAUAUUACGUACAUAGACACCAUCCAAUCCCUUAGUGGAUGAUAACAUUCAUAUCACGACAGGGGCCGGAGCCAUGAUUUAACGACGGGGACCCCGAAGUUUUCGUAAUACGUUGCCGCAAAAGACUGAAAAAAAUAUAAUUUUGUCUUAUUAUAACCACAUAUAAAAAAAUACAUUAAGUUCAAUAUAAAUAAAAAAUUAUAUGAAAUUUAAUAAUACAUUUCAAUUAUUAUCGUUGUAUCGCGUGAUCUGUUUUCGUAACUAAAAAUCGAAUAUAUAUAUCAAUAUUAGCAUAAGAAAACAAUUACUGGUUAUAUAGUCUAAUCGUUACAAUUGAAGAACUUAAUUGAUAAAUUUGAAAUUAAGGAAUUUAAAUCGUGAAAGUGAAAUUAUUAAAAAAAAAUUAGUCAAAUGAAAACAUAAAGGGGAAUAAAAUUACAAAUACUUCUCAUGUAUCUCGAACAACCCUUAAAAUUGAAUAAUUUAAUUGACCUAGCUUGUAAUAAUAGAUUUGACCAAAAAAAAUUAUUAAAGUUUGUUAUUAAAUCAAAUUAUAAAUUUAAUCUGGCUAAAUCGAUUGAUUGAAGUGCUUAAUUAAUUGAUUUCACUUAAAAUAAGCACUUGGCCCAUCCCAAGGAUUCUAACGAAGAAACAAAAUUGUUUAAAAAAAGGAGGGUAAACAGAAAGAAAAAAAUUGUAAAUAUCCUUCCCAUGGCACUAUUGAACUAGGGAACAGAAGCUAGAUUCGCAAAAUAGUCCCCUUAGUUCCCGUUAGAAUAAACCAAGCUCAUUGCCAUUUUAUUGCACGUCAAAAUAUUAAACCUUUAGUUUAGUCGUAUAAUACCGAGCACAUAACUAUCAAGAUUCUCGAGGAGGGAGGGGUAGCUCCGCCCCUAUAUCAGGGUCACCAUCCAACCUCUUAGUGGAUAUAUGGUGUAGCAUCUCAUAUGAUGGGUAUCUUCGAAACCCUAAAUGAAUGGUGUCAUCUCAUAUCAUAGGCACCAUCCAACCUCUAAGUUGAUGGUAUUAUCCCAUUCUACAUGGAUAGCAUCCAAACUCCUAAGUGGAUGUUAUCAUCCCACAACAUAGAUGUACUCGCGAGCCUAGUUGGAUGGUACCAUCCAGUCUCAUGGUUUUCAUCUAACUUGAUAUGAUGACUUUGUACAUGGAUGUUCAAUAAUUCGACCUCAUUAAUCAAUUAUUAUGAUUAAUCAAUUAUGGAACCUAGGCUGGAUGGUACCAUCCAGUCUCAUGGUUAAUUAUCAUCUAACUUGACAUGAUCAAUUAAGUUGCCUAACCCUUCAUAUAUGAUAAACGACUAUACUGUUAGCGGUGUAACCGAACCGAAAUUAGUGAUUAACAGUUACAUCGCUAAUCGAUAAAUAGUAAAUAGUCGAAUCUCGACAACAAAAUAUAGCUAAUUAAUAAUCGACGGUUAAACGGUUAGUAACCAACCAAUAGCAUGUGUUUGCCGACCCUAUGACACAGGGCCUCUAUCAUUGUAGCGAAAUUACAUAAGAGGUUGGAGGCAUUGAGUUUCCGAAAAUUUUAUAAUUUGAUCUAUAUGAUGUGUAGCACAAGAUUAAAACAUUAAUUUAAUU